GUUAUAAUUAAAACAACGCUCUGAGCUGUCUUUUAAUUAUAUCAUUUGUAGAUAAAAGGCAGUGAAUUUUGAGAAAAUUCAAACAGUUCAAUUUAUCAUUUCCAAUACGACAGAAGAAGUAAAAUUUAGGGCAAGGAUCGAAAAAUAAAAAAGAUACAAAAAGAAAAAUGUCAAACAAUUUUGUAAUUUGCUUCAAUGCAUUAGAAAAUCGAUUUUUUGAGGUUAAUGCAAUCCAUGAGGUCGAUCAUCUAUAUCGUCCGUAUUACUAUCGUCUCAGCUUAAGGCUAAAUUUCUAUAAUGGGGACAUCAACAUGAGCAACAUCGACGAAAUGAGAAAAUUGUGCUUUAGGAAAAUUACAAAAUUGAUGACAAUACAGAAUAUGUGGCAGAAUCAUCAUAGUUUUUAUGUUAUCGAUUAUGAGAUACGAACCGUACCAAGGAGGUCGAAUGAACAAUUUCAGCAAAACAAUAAUGAAAGUGAUAGGCGGGAGUAUGAUGACGACAGUGAUGAAAGUGAGAACUCAUAUUAUGUGAGUACGACAAGCAACGAUUCAGCAUAUAUCUCGCCUACAUCUGCUGCCGAAACAUCUAAUGAUAGUGAUCAUUUGUCAAAUUCUAGUGCUUAUUCGUCUGCAUAUGAGGACAAUGAAAUUGAAGAACAAUAAAGAUUCUUUUUUUAAUAAUUUAA